AUGACAAAGCUUGUUAGUCUCAAAGCUAGAAAUCGCCUCAUGCACCACAACACAAUGCUUCAUUCUAGCCCUUAUUUGUCCCUUCCUUACGAGUUGAUUGGUACUGAUUCAGGAGUGGACACAUACUUUGGUUUUUGCACCUAUCCUGGACGGGAAUUGCGUCAUCGUAUUGAUCUAAAGGUGUACCCAAGAGACAUUUAUGCAUUUGGACUUAUAGCUUGGACCGGAAAUGAUGUGUUGAACAGGAGGUUGAGGCUGGUGGCUGAAUCUAAAGGAUUCCGGCUUGAUGAUACCGGGUUGUUUCCAGCCACUCAUGGUUCUGGCAGCAAACGGGGUGCAAAAGGUAGUGCAAGUUUGAAAUUUGAUACUGAAAAGGAGGUAUUUGAUUUCCUGGACUUUCCUUGGCUUGAACCACAUGAAAGAAAUCUCUAA